AUGUCUGUCAACACAGAAUUCCCCCAGCGUCGCCUCGGCGCCAACGGACCUCUGGUCAGCGCUAUAGGCUACGGUGCUAUGGGCAUCGGCGCGUUCUACGGCGCCUCAGAUGAGAAGGAAUCCCUUGAGACUCUCACCUACUGCGCCGACCGCGGCCUCACUUUCUGGGACACAGCCGAGAUCUACGGCUCAAGCGAAGCCACCAUCGGCAAAUGGCUCUCCUUGACCUCCCGCCGCCAGUCCGUCUUCCUCGCCACCAAAUGGGCCGGCAGCCUCGCGUACGCCGACUCCCGGCCGUCAACCCUUCGCCGUGGUAUCGAGGCCGCCCUCGCCCGCCUCCAGACGGACUACAUCGACUUGUUCUACCAGCAUCGCGUCGACCCGCAGGUGCCGAUCGAGGUGGUGAUGGAGACGUUCCGGCCCUACGUCGAGGAGGGGAAAAUUAGGUGGCUGGGGCUGAGCAAUUGCAGUCGGGAGGUGUUGGGGAGGGCGAAGGCGGUGAAGGGCGUGGGGGAGAAGUUGGUCGCCGUGCAGAUGGAGUUCAGUCCGUUUGAGACCGAGCUCGAGAAAAACGGCUUCAUCGACUACGCGCGCGGCCUUGGGGUCAGCGUUGUCGCCUACUCGCCCCUCGGUCGCGGGAUGAUAUCCGGGAGAUACAAGUCCAUCGACGACUUCCCUCAGGACGACGUCCGUCGAUUCUACCCUCGCUUCCAGCCCGAGAACUUCCCCAAGAACCUCGAGCUCGUUGACAAGUUCCAUGCCGUCGCGCGCAAACUCAACGCGACGCCCGCGCAGGUCGCGCUGGCGUGGAUUCUAGCUGAGCAUCCGGAUAUGAUCCCUAUCCCCGGCAGCCGCGGCAUCGCGCGCACCGAGGAGAACGCCCGCGGCGCCGAGGUCGUCCUGUCCGCCGAGGACCAAAAGGCCCUGCGCGACGCGGUCGAAAACGCGACGGUGGCGGGUGGGCGCAUGCCUAAGGGGUGGAUGAUUGAACAUGACUGUAUCCCACUGAAGGAGUGGAAGGGCGAGGAGGGGUGGAAGAUGCCUGUGCCGGGUGGACCUGUGCUGGAUGCCUGAGCGCUAGAAAGCCAUAGGUCAGAG